ACGAGCUCAGAGCCCCCAGCCCGGGGGAGACGGGACCGGGGAAGGGGGCGAGAUGGAGGGGGAGAUUCCCAGACCCGGCACCUGCCCAGACCCACUGGCUGCAGCCUCUGUGGGCAGAUCGUCCCGUCCCGGGGAACAAGGAGCAGAAGGAGGCAAAGCCGGAUUCGUCAGACACGGACCAGCCGCGGGUUUCGUCGCCGUGUAGACGUGCCCUGACAUUAUGUCUACACUGCGAUUAACACUCCCGGGGCACCUGUCUCCAAGCCCGGGGCAGCUGGCUCAGGCUUGUGGGGCUGGAGCUGUACCAGGACAGUGCAGACAUACGGGCUUGAGCCCAGCCGCGCCUGAGACCCACGAGGGGGGAGGGUUUCCAAACCCAGCAGGAACACACGUAUUUGCACCACAGUUUUGAGCCCCACAGCUUUAGCUCCAGGAGCCCAAGUCCGAUGACCCAGGCCAGCCCUGCUGCAAUCUUUAUCCCAGGAGAGAUGGACUCUGCGGGGGGAAGAUGUUUGUCAAGGAAGAGAGAAGACUGAAGGCUUCUGCUGAGGAUGGGAUUCAAACCCAUGUGUGCAGAGCACAAUAGAUUAGCAGUCCAUCACCUUAACCACACGGCUACCUCAUCUGAGUUGUCAAGUAAGGGACAGGAGGAGAAAUCUAAGGCCAGCAGAGGGUUUCCAAUUUCCAAACCUGAUGUGAUCUCGCAGCUGGAACAAGGGGAAGAACCAUGGGUCCCAGACCUCCAGGGCUCUGAGAAAGAAGUGCUCCCGAGAGCUCCCUGCACAGGGAGUGACCUAUGUCUGGAUUCUCUCUGUCUCCCAUCAGGUGAUGGGAUGGUGAGUGAGAAUGAGGAGGAGAAACCCCAGCAGGAAGAUUCUGAGCAAGUAGGACCACAUGGAACGUUAUCAGGAAGAUGCAAAGGGAAUGUUUCCAGGAGUUGUGCACUCCAAGAAAAAGAAAAAGCCUGUGAGACUCAGGACAGGCCAGAGGAAAACUUCAGUAGCAUCCCAGACCUUGUAACACAUGACAGAAUCAACUUGGAAGAGACAUGGUACACAUGCUCUGAGUGCAGGAAAAUCUUCAGUCGGAGCUCAGACCUUAUCACACAUUCUAGAAUCCACACAGGAGAGAAGCCCUACACAUGCUCUCAGUGCAGGAAAAGCUUCAGUCACAGCUCUGUCCUGAUCACACAUAGGAGAAUCCACACAGGAGAGACGCCCUACACGUGCUCUGAGUGCGGGAAAAGCUUCAAUCAGACCACAGAUCUUAUCAUACAUUGGAGAAUCCACAUGGGAGAGAAACCCUACACAUGCUCUGAGUGCAGGAAAAGCUUCAAUGAUAGCUCAACCCUUAUUAGACAUCAGAAAAUUCACAUAAGAGAGAACUGUAAUAAAUCCCUUGACUAGGGCUGGCCAAAGAUUUUUUUAUUUUUAAACAAAUCACAUUUGCUAAUUCCCACAGUGAUUUUUGCACUGUCUUCACCAUGGCCUCUCAGCUCCACCAGAUCAGUUACCUGCUUCUGCCUUUUGCAGUUCACCCUUCUUUUACUCUGAAACCCUUCUUUUGGGGUCAGUCUUGUGAUCUUUUCUAUCAACUCCUUUCCUUUUGAGUCGUACGAGUAUGUGUCCCUCCAGCCAGGAAUGUUCAUCUGCUCCAGGUGGGAGAGAGAGGUUUGAUCCCAACAAGCUACACUGAGGCAAAAACUACCUGUGCCUGACAUCCACUAGGACUGUAAAUGGCGUUGGCUGCUCAAGUUCGUGAUCUUGGUGUAAAAAGACAAUUCUAGUUGUAGAGCAGAUGCCGCCCAGGUGCAGUGGUUGGCAUUAGCUUUCCCCUUGACCUGACCUAAACAAACCCUGAGCAUCACGGUUAUACUGUUCCCCGAUUUCAAAGCAAUUGUUAGUCAUCAAGUUCCCUCUUGGGGAAGAAAUUGUUUCAUUCCCAGUUGCUCUGUUGUUGCUUCAAGUUGUGUUGGAGAGCAGAUAUUUUUACUACCAUUUUCCUCACUUAAAAUAUAUUGAACUAUAACAAAGAGCAGGAACAGGGCAGGGAAAAAUUGUCAUUUCACCCUGUGGAAGCAGAGAAAGAACUGACAGGAAGGGGAUGCAAUGCAUGACAGUUUGUUAGCAAGAGUCAGGCUAACUGUAACCCUAAUAACGUGAGAUUUGUAGAAGCGAGGAAUGUGUGAGGCAAGUGGGAAAGAACUGUGUGAGAAGUUGUUGCGACCUUGUGUAGAUAAUAUGGAAUGUAGACUAAGAGUCUACAUUAGUGAGCAAAACAAGAUAUCAGAAUGACCUAUGUAUAAACAAAAUGCAGCUGUUGCUCAUUAUUGUCUGUAACAAAAGGUAUAAAUGCUUGCUGUAAUUGUUUACCUGUUGAGAGACCUGUUUAGCUCUCUCCCUCUAUGCAAUUGCUUGAGAAAAUAAAGUAUCUGACUUGCUGUACCCAAACAAAA